CCCCCGCCAUUCCGCAGCUUGGCAAUCUCACUCUCCCCAGAAGGAGAGCUGGUCCCCGCCCGCACUGGCAGCCCUGCGGGAUGCUGCGCUCCACGUCCACCGUCACCCUGCUCUCAGGCGGCGGUGCCCAGGCGCCAGGGGCCCCCAGCAGGCGGGCAAAUGUCUGCAGACUGCGGCUGACUGUGCCUCCCGAGAACCCAGCCUCUGAGCCAACGGAAAAGAAGAUUGUGAGGAAAGAGCAGCCUCCUGAACUAAGCAAUGGAGAAUCUACCAGGAAACUGCCCCAGGGUGUGGUUUAUGGCGUGGUGCGAAGAUCGGAUCAAAACCAGCAGAAGGAAAUGGUGGUGUACGGCUGGUCCACCAGUCAGCUGAAAGAAGAGAUGAACUACAUCAAAGAUGUGAGAGCCACUUUGGAAGAAGUAAGGAGGCGCAUGUAUGGCGACUAUGAUGAAAUGAGGCAGAAGAUCCGACAGCUCACCCAGGAACUGUCUGUUUCCCAUGCCCGGCAGGACUAUCUAGAGAACCACAUCCAAACCCAGUCCUCAGCCUUGGAUAGUUUCAAUGCCAUGAACUCGGCUUUGGCAUCGGACUCCAUUGGUCUGCAGAAAACCCUUGUGGAUGUUACUUUGGAAAACAGCAACAUUAAGGAUCAAAUCAGAAACCUGCAGCAGACGUACCAAGCUUCCGUGGACAAGCUGCGAGAGAAGCAGAGGCAGCUGGAAGCGGUGCAAGUUGAAAAUCAGCUGCUUCAGACGAAGGUGGAAUCCUCCCAGGCAGCCAAUGCCGAGGUGAUGAGGGAGAUGACCAAGAAGCUGUACAGCCAGUAUGAGGAGAGGCUGCAGGAGGAGCAGCGAAGGCACAGUGCUGAGAAAGAGGCGCUCCUGGAAGAAACCAAUAGUUUUCUGAAAACAAUUGAAGAGGCCAAUAAAAAGAUGCAAGCAGCAGAGAUCAGCCUCGAGGAGAAAGACCAGAAGAUUGGGGAGCUGGACAGGCUCAUCGAGCGCAUGGAAAAGGAGCGGCACCAGCUGCAACUGCAGCUUCUGGAGCACGAGACAGAAAUGUCCGGGGAGAUUCCCGAGGCUGACAAAGAAAGGUAUCAGCAGCUGGAGGAGGCCUCAGCCAGCCUCCGUGAGCGGAUCAGACACCUGGAUGACAUGGUGCACUGCCAGCAGAAGAAAGUCAAGCAGAUGGUUGAGGAGAUCAUGUCGCACGAGCUCUUCUUCAGAUUUAGUCUGCGGCUCUUUGGAAGAUGAUAACCCGCUAAGCCCGCUAGCCCACUGUGGGUAGAAGUGGUUCCUUUCGCUGCUCGUGAUUAGAAGAACACUUGUGCACUCACUGCGGGCGAGAGGUGUUUUUGAGGAGCAAAACAGGAAGACUUGGCCACCCGGGGCCCUGCUUUGUGAAAACACCCACAUACGGUAACUCGACUUGGACAGCCGCAGGACGCUGAGUCAAGAGAACUCAAAGGCCCACAGUCUGUCUAGAAACGGGUUCCUAGAUCUCAAAGAAAGAACUGUAUGGAAAAAUUAUUCCUAAAAGCAAUUCGGAAGGUGCCAAGUAGAGAUUGGCCUAAGAUCCUGGAAAAAUGAAGCUUUUCUGCUAGAAGAGGGUGGGAGAGGACGAAGGACAUGAGUCCCGAGAGGAACGGGCUCUGUCCCGAAACACACCCUACGCCCCUACACCCCUCACGAGCAGCCCGGUGUCUGCGUGGUUCGAUUCUGUGUUUACAGGGCACAGUGGCCCUGAGAUUUUCCUUUCUGAAUGUGUCUCAGCACCACUAGUCAACUUCUUGCUCUUCUUGUCUAAGAGAAGUUUGGUUUGCUUCUAUCCCUGAAUGAAUAGUUCAAUCAGUUUCAGGAAGAGAAGAACAUUUGGCUAAAAUGCAUUGCCGUGAAGCACACUCCACGCAUCUGCGUUUUGGUACCGGUCUCGCGCCACAGCCACACAUGCUGGUAUUUCUUCAGAAGCUGGCCCAGUUGUGAGAGGUACCAGGAGUGGUGGUCUAGUCGCGGGUGGCAUUGGUCCACAGGCCAGGGCACAGGGCUGGUGGAGUGGGUCCCUGUGACAGCAGCUCCUUCUCUGCUCCCGCAUGUGUCCAUGGCAAAGUGGGUAUGUGGGUCCCUUUCCUGUUGGUGUUUGCCUUUGGUCUCUCAUUUUGAUGCCUCUGCCCAGCUUACACAAAGAGGGAGUGGGAAGGGAAGGAAGUGAGGGGUAACCUUCAGCAUUCGUGGGCAGCUGUUACUGUGGGCACAGUGCUCGGUUCGAUGCAGAUCCCACACACUCACCUGGGUUCCGCAGGGAGCUGGAGUCAGCUUGGGAAAUCGCUCGCCUAGAUCUCACCCUGGCCUGGUGACCUGCACCGUUUGUUUCUGGGGAUUCCUUUACUACUCUGACGUUUUUCUGAGUCUCUGGUGGAAUCUGCUCUCUGGCAUCUGUUCUAGUGGAAUAGAUUUGUUAGCAUAUCAAAAAGUGAAAUUAGGAGGAAAUGAAUUUAGGGAACACCUUGACCUUCCAAGAAACUGGGGCACUGGUGUGAGUCGGCGGGGUGGUGUGCUCUCUUCCGCCCUGGAGUUUCUUCCGUCUGUUGGCCUAGGCGCAGUCCCUGGAGGACAGGGUUAGCGGAGCAGACAUGAGCAGAGCCCAGAGCAUCUAUACGCCCCUUUUCCUGCCUUCCACGCGCUUGGUGCAUGUGCCUUCUUCCUGCCCCAGCCCCAGCCCAGGCUUUCUGGUGAUCUUGAGUCUGGCUCCCCUGCUCCACAGGACCCAUCUCUCUUCUCUGCUCUACCAUUGCUGGUGAGCCUCAGUUUACCUCUUUCCUGCCUACAUUGUAACACGCUGUUAACUGUACCUACUGCCAGCCAAGCCUGAGUUCUGUGUUCAAGUCCUGCUCCACCGCUCCACCCACCCCACCUCUCCUCCCUCUCCCUGCCCUUCACUGGACCCCCAGCCUUGACUCUGCAGCCCACAUCCUGUCUCACCGCCCCCCCGAGGAGUUGCUUUGCAAACCUUUGAGGCAGAAUUUGUGCAUAGUACAUGAAAGUGUUCACUUCCAGGGUCUAGUGGUUAACAUGGUGUUAGUCAUUUUUUUAAAACCCAAGUUCUUUACCUAAGGUAUCUGAAAGAACACAGUGGUGCCCACCUUCCCUGCCCUGUGCAUUCUAGAAGGAAUUAUUGCAGGUGAAUUUGAUGACAGGGGUUGGUGGGUGCACCCACAUCCAAACUGCCCUUUCUAGAAGGUCCCUUGUGGGGAAAUGUCACCAAACCCACAUUUUUUUUAUUGAAAUGGCUUCUAAUAGGCUUGGAGCAUUUUUCCAGACACCAGGUGCCCAGUUUCUGCCCCUAGAAAGUAUGUGAGGCUGCGCAGUUGGUGUUGAAAGCCUUGCCAAGUGACGAGUGCGCCUGCGCCAAGGCUGUCAGGGCUGUGGAGACAGAGCUCACCCACACACGUUAACCUUCACAGAGGUGUGGUCUGCCCAUUUUUAAAGUGCAGGAAAUCGAGGCUUAGAGUCAUAAAAAACAAGUAGCGAGCAGUAUCUCAGCAAAUAAUUAUGGUUCUGGGUCCACACCCAGAUCUUUGAGUCCAAAGUCCUUUUCUUCUUAUUUUUUAAAAUAUGAAAGGAAAUUAAAGUGCAGAAAAUUAUAUUUCAUUAUCCUCUAUAAAUAAUGAAAACACAAUCCCUGUGCCCUCCUCUGCUUUUUGUAAAUAAAAGAAAAUAUCACAGGUAAAGACGAGGGCCGUUCUGUUUUACUUCUGCCCAGUUCUGCUCCUCUCCUUCUUCUACCCCACGCUUCUACCACAGAGAUGUGGAUCUAAUAUUAGUACGAAGCCUAGUGUGUGUUUAAAAAUUUACACAAAUUUUAGUUUAUGAUUUAGAUAAUAAGUAGUAUUGUCGAUAUUUUGCAACUUGUCUUUUUUCCUAGUUUAAUGUUAUUACACGCAGAUCUAAUUUUUUCAUUCCAGUAGCUAAUAUACUUUUAUUUGGAUAUAUUGCAAUCCGUCUGUCCUGUUGAUACACAUGUAGUUAAUUUCAAAGUUUUAUUCUCCCACAGAGGGAAACGUCUCCACGCGUCCUUCUCUAGGAAGCGCACGUAGAAGGGGGCGCCGCCAGGGGGCGGAGUGACGCAGUGUCAGCGUCGCCUGACCCUUCGGUGGUUUUCCACAGUGCAUAGCACUGCCCCAGUCGCUUAAUACGGCAGGGGUUUCCAGACUCUCAUCACCACGCGGCCCCGUGUGGACUAUGGUCUUAGUCAGUUAUGAAAUCGCAUCUCAUUGUUUUAAGUGUAACUUGCGUCAGCCUGAUUCCUACUCAUUACAAGUUGUGGAACGAAUGCCUUUUCAUAAGGUCAUCGGCACACUCAGGCAUCCCCCUUUAUGAAUUCGUGUUCAUAUUCUUUAUUCAUUUUAUGUGAGGUUGUUUGUCUUUCCUUCUGCUGAUUUGUACCUACUCUGUAUUCGUAUAAUCAUCAAAAAACAUUUGGCCGACAUCUCCUUCUCAGUGGUGUUGGUGGUUUAUCUUAUAUAAUUUUAAAAUUUUAGUAGUUAUCAAUGUUUCUGUGCUGUGCUGUACUGUGUGUCUUAUUUGUCAUAAGCAUAUUUUGUGUAAUAGUUUUAAAAUUUUAUUUUUCAUCUUUAGGUCUUUAGUUACCACCUACACGUCUGCCCUCUGUGCUUCCUUUAGCUUUUCUCUGCAUAACAUUUACUUGUCCUUUUUGCCUGUUUAUGUGGUUUGUUGUCUCUUUCCCUCCACUAGAAUGUAAGCUCUAGGAGGCAGGGACUUUUGUCUGUUUAUGACUGUAACUCCUAACAACUGGAAUUUUUGCU